AUGUUACAGGUUGGGCUGGGCCUCCCUGGCUCCCCCAGGGGUGCUGCAGAAGAUUUCCCUUUGGAUCAGCUGGGAAAGAGGAGCAGGUCCUACUCAGCCCUGGUGAGCUCAGGUGGAGGUGAUAUGGAAGCCACACAAGGGCCAGCUGAUUCUCCUCAAGUCCCAGUGCUGAUCAUCUCCGAGGCUGAGACUUGGGACAUCGAUGCAUCCUCUUGCAUGGGCUGUGGACAGUAUGUGGAUUGGGAUAAGAUGCCCGAGUUGGAUCAGCAGCCAAGCGCUCACAGUCAGAGUCUCACCCAAACCAGCAAAGAGCUGAAAAAGCUGGCAAGAGAAGGCCAUUGGGCUACCAACCAUGCAUUAAGAGCUCGGACUUACCAGCAAAUCGUCCAGCACAUCCCGUGCCGGCUUGUGACCCCCGACGCUCUGGUUUACAGGGAUGUUGCAAGCAGGCUGUUUGGAAAGCAGAGUGUGAGCUCCCACCCCUUGCCUGAAUUCCUUGGAGGGUGCAGGAUGCCCACUUACUGCCUGACUAUGGAAGGUGUAACCGCCGUGAAGAAAAUACUCAUCUGCCUUGGCAACCUCUUCCCCGACAUCACCUACAGCCCAAUCCUCCCCGCUGUUGUGGCUCUGCUGCUGCACUACAGUGAAGAUGAAGCUCAAUGUUUUGAAAAUGUCUCUCGCCUCGUCGCUUGUAAUGACUCCCAUACCAGCUACAUAGACCAGUCCUUCCUGGCCCACCAGGCCUCCUGUAUGACUUUUGGGGAUCUGGCCAAGAAGCACUGCCCAGCAGCCCACAGAUUAAUAGCCAGCACCUCUGAGAAUGUCUUUGAGGUCUAUUCUGAAUGGUUGGAGUGGAUAUUUGGUGACCUUCCAUUUGAUUACGCUAUCCGCGUACUUGAUGUGUACCUGCUGGAGGGACAGAAAGUCCUCUACCGGAUUGCUCUGGCCUUGCUGAGGCAACACAGGCUCUCGAUGACCUCCGGAGAACUGGAAGUGACCAAUGUCAAAGGAGAUUUGAAGGCUUUCAUGCAAAACAUUAGGGAACACAUGACGGCUGACAAGCUCCUGGAGAGAGCCUUUGGUAUUCGGCUGUUCUCCCGCAAGGAAAUCUGGCUUCUUCAGAUGGCCAACAGGAAAGCGCUAGCGGAGAAAGGUGUAACUGUGGUGCAGCGCAGGCAGCUGUUCCACCUGGCAGUAGACAUGCUGAAUUUCAGCUCCGCCAUCGUAACUGCUCAGGAGAUGCGCAUCGUGUGGUCCUGGAUUCCUGAGAGAUUCUCCCUAUUCCCACCUGUCCUGUUAUUCUCCACCUCAGAAAACGGAUACAGUCUGCAAAGGUUUUACUCAUGCUGUGAAGGUUACGAACCAACAGUACUGCUCAUAAAAACGACCCAGGGGGAAGUGUGUGGUGCGUUCCUUUCCUCUGACUGGAAUGAAAGGAAAAAGAGUGGGGGAACGUCCAGCUUCUUUGGAACAGGGGAAUGCUUUGUUUUCAGCGUACGCCCUGAAAUGGAGAGAUACGAGUGGGUGUUCAUCAAGAAACCAGAGCUGACCAAAGCAGUGCCGUGCUCCCCACGCCAGCGCCUUCCUUCUCCCGCCUCCCCUGUCCUCAGCACAUCUCCUCCCGGUGGCCACUUAGCCAGUUCAAACCAUCUGACUGUGCCCGUGUUGCAGAGGGCUAAAGGUCGCCUCUCCCCAUACCUGGCAAUCAGACACUUCCUCCUGCCUUCGAAAACAGCCUCCAUGUUCAUGUCCGGGACUCGGGAAGGAAUCAUUAUCGGUGGUGGUGGAGGCCAAGCUCUGUACAUUGAUGCUGACCUCUACUAUGGGAGAACGGAGCACUGCGAGACAUUUGACAACCCUCCUCUCUGUCAAGAGAACUUCCAGGUGCAGCUCCUGGAAGCCUGGGGCUUUCGAAAUGCCUAA